AUGGUUGAUUUAACAUUUUCCAUGAAAUAAUAAAUGAUCCAAGAGCCAUACUUUUACUUAGUUUCUCCCUUUUACAGAUCAACAAGUGAAAGUUUUUCACAGUCACAAUGUGAAAUAAUAUAGCCUUGCGUUUGAUAUAAUUACCCAAGAUUCCCUACUUUGAUGAACGAAUAAUAUGUGAGGUAGGUGUAGAUGGGGAACCUGAUUGGCUUACAGUUUAGUUAAAUAUACAUCUGUUCUAAUCUAAAAUUUUGUCCGAGAUCUAAUGCCUAUAUAGAGACGUAGCGCUUAAGUGGUAAUACCUAAAUCGCAAAAAUUGAGGUGCAAAGUGUAAGAAGGCAGGUACCUCAAGGCUCUGAACAGAAGACAAUUUCAUAGUCUGAGCUGCAGAGAGAGAGAUGGAAGUCGCGAUGUCCUUAGAAUUUUUACCACCAAUGCAGAGGAAUGAUCAUGGAAUGUUCUUUUCUAGUGAUUUUAGCUGCAGUUUAAAUGCAAGAGACAGGAAAAUUGUUUGUGUUACUAGUGGAAACUCCUACUUUGGUUCACACUUGAUCAAGAAGCUUUUGGCAUGUGGUUACCUUGUUCGAGUUAUUAUUCAAAAUCAAGCUAAUCUUGAGGACAUGAAGGAGCUGAUGAGGGAAGAAAUGAAACAACUGGAGAGUGUUGUGGUGGCAAGAAUGGAUGAUUUAGAUAGCCUCUGCAAUGCUUUUAGAGGUUGUCAUGUUGUUUUCCACACAUCAUCUUUCAUUGAUCCGCGAGGGAUCUCUGGAUACACGGAACGAAUGGCAUUUGUUGAAGCUGAAGCAGCAAAGAAUGUCAUAGAAGCUUGUGGCAGCGCAGCAUAUGUUAAAAGAUGCAUUUUCACCUCUUCUCUACUAGCAUGCAUCUGGAAAAAUGAUCUGCCAAACCUCAUAGAUGAAAGCUCUUGGAGUGAUGAGACAUUCUGCAGAGAAAACAAGCUUUGGCUAGCAUUGGCCAAGACCAGGGCAGAAAAAGCUGCUUGGAGGAAAGCAAAGGAGAUGAAGGUGAAACUUGUUACUUUAUGUCCUGGACUUCUCAUGGCACCAUCUUUCCCAAACGCUCAACUUGAAACUUCUCUCCCGUACCUCAAAGGUGGAGAUUUCAUGCUACGACAAGGAAUUCUAGCAAGUGAAGAUGUUAGUAAAGUGGCAGAAGCACAUAUUUACGUCUAUGAAGAUAUGGACUAUGGAGCCUGUGGAAGAUAUAUCUGCUUUGGAAAAAUAGUUGGAACAUUGGAAGAGGCCAUACAAAUUGAAAAGGGGUUGAAUAUGCCUGGCCACUUAUCUGGGGAUCAAAGUCCUCCUGCUGCAGCAAUGGAUGAUGAUAAAAUUCCUCCAAGAAUUACCAAGUCAAAGCUCAGUAGAUUAUUAUUCCGUGCGUCACAACGCCUUUCCUGCAAACAGUGAUUAGCAAUAUUACCAAUGAAAUAAUUUUAUGUACUAAAAUUUGUAUGGUACUUGAGAAAAGUGUAGUCAGCAAUCUAUCUCUCUAUAUAUAUAUAUAAUAGGAGAAGCAAAAGCGUCACAAUUUUUCUCACAAUUUCAUAUUUUAAAUAAUAAUAAAUUAAAAUUUUAAUUAAUAAA